AUGUCUGUCUACACGUGGGGAGCCUCGUACAACCCCGAAGUCAAAGAGCAGCUUGUGCCGCAAGUGGAGGACUCGUUGCGCGGGCGACGCAUCGUGCAGGUCGCAUGCGGUGAGCAGCAUACUCUGGCGCUGGACGAUCUGGGCAACGUGUUCGCGAAGGGUCGCAGGCGCGAAGGCCAGCUCGGAAUUGGUGACGGCGCGAAUUCGCUGCCCGCUGCGACCAGCUUCCACCCGAUCGUGGGUCUGCAGCACGAGAAGGUGCUCAGCGUUGCGUGUGGAGCUCACCACUCGCUCGCCGUGACGGCGUCGGGCGCAGUGUACUUUUGGGGUCUUGCGCACGAGCGCAUUGAGCAUGCUGCGCCAGAGCUCAUCACCGUCACUGCCCGUCCACUCACCGAACGCCAGCGCAAGAUGGUGGAAAAAUCGCACUAUCAGUACUUUUCGGCAACGUCCUCGCGAACUGCAGCGGCUGGAAGCGGUGCCGUCCUGUCACAGGCCGAACGCGAUCAGACUCGUUCAGCAACCAACCCCCCGACCGCCGUCCAAACCUCCGACACGCCCCGUGAGCAGUCGAAUCCUGCUGCAAAUGUCGCAAGUCAAACCCCUCCUGCUACCGUUGAGCAUCCAAUGAAUGCGGCAGGUCGCGCUGCCCUGGCUCGUCAAAAUGGCACGUCCGCCACGACCACGACCACCACCACCUCCUCCGUUCCACCGCCGCCUCAGCAGCCGACAGUUUCGGAAUCGCGUGAUGAGUUCCAUGCUGCUACUGAUAGCUCUCUCGGCACGGGAGAGGGCGAAAGUGACUCGGUUUCUUCCAGCGGAUUUCGGCGACGCAUUUACAGCCGACCGGUUCGGUUGCGGCUGCCGAGCGCCAGAAACGCCCAUCUGGGCAGCUUUGUCGCCAUCAACGAGCACGCCCUGGCCGAGCGAGCAGACCAGGACACCUCGUCAUCUGCCGACAACCUGGAAGACAUCCCAUCCGAGCAGCAUGUCACGGCAGUUGCUGGCGGAUACUGCUUCUCGCUUGUCGUUGAUACGCGCGGCCGCUGUUAUUCGAUUGGAUUCAACGACAUGGGCCAGCUUGGUCUGGGUCACAGAUUUAUGCAGGGCCAGCUGCAACGCAUCCCAGUGUUUGACGCCCUCUUCCCGCAUCGCCAGAUCAAGCAAGUUGCCGCAGGCGUGCAAGCAGCUGCCGCCUUGGCCUAUAGUGGCGAUGUUUGGGUGUGGGGCUGCGGCGUCUUUGGUCUCGGUCUCGGAGAUACCGAGGACCAGCUCAAGCCUCGCCGAAUCACCAAUAUUUGGAACGUGACAUUGCCCGACGAACCACCGCUGCCCGUCGAUCUCGUCAUGAAAGCUCCUAUCGUCCAGCUGGUUGCCGGAUCUCAUCAUUUCGUUUGCCAGGAUGAGGGCGGCGCCGUCUAUUCCUUUGGGCAUGGCGAAUACGGUCAGCAAGGCACCGGUGACGAGGGCGAAUCCGGAGCAACCGCUCGACACGGCCAUGCCCUGCCGCAUCUGGUCAACUUUACUCCCAGUGCCACCCACACCAGCACGGCCAAGCAAGCAGCCGUGGCCACUCAGGUCGCCAUGAUUGGGAGUGGCUCGAUUCACACCUUUCUCGUCACGGUGGACCGACAGCUGUACUCGUUCGGCUGGAACUCGGCUGGUGUUCUCGGCCACGGCGACCGUCGUUUCCGUGUCUUGCCAACACACGUCAUGGCUCUGGAAGGAGAGCGGGUGCUGAGUGUUGCUGGUGGGUGGAAGCACUCGAUCGCCGUUGUCGAGUCCGAGUCGGCAACGUUUGCUUUCGACUUUCAACACUUGUGCAACCCGCCACAUGCUCGACUGCGACCUUCCUUGUCGGGCAUUUCCGAAUUCGUUCCUGCGCUCAACAUCAACCAACCGGAUCUGGCGUUUGUCGUCGAGAACAAGCCGAUUUUCGUGCACCGCGCUUUCGUAGCAUCACGCUGUCGUCGCAUUGCUGCCAUGAUUGCCAUGACGGAGAAGUACGGUGGGAAAGAUGUGCGCAUGGAACCAGACACUGCAGAGAGCAAUCCGGAAGAGUUUGUGCGCGCCGUUGCUUCGACGCGAAACGGCGACCCGACCGAGUCCGUCCAACUCUUGCAGGGCUCGAUCGAGGCUCUGGCGCCACUUGUCAUUCAGGUGUCGGGCCCUCGUUUUGUCGUUUUUGCUGGGUUGUGCGCGUACCUGUACACGGACCACGUCCGCAUCCCGACCUUCUUUUUGCGCGAACUCGCGCAGCUUGCGCAACAGUACGGCCUCCCGCGACUGGUACUGCUUUGCAAGCGGCAGUCUAUGCAGCAUCACACGCCGGCCGAAGGCGAAUCCGCGCCCAUGAGCACCUUUGCCGCCGACAUGGAAGGGUUGGUGGCGUCUCCGCGGUUUGCCGACGUCGUCAUUGACAUUGGCAAGGCGAGCAUUCCUGCACACCGCAUGAUUUUAUCAGCGCGGUGCCCCUACUUUCGUGCUCUGUUUGAAGGAGCCCUGGCUGUGGAUUCGGGGACGCGUGUGAUCAGGAUUGCCGCAGACGCUGACGACGGGCUUGUCAACGACGCCGAACCCGAGGAGACCUUCCUCAACCCAUCCACUGUGCAUGACUUGCUCAUGUUUAUCUACACGGGGAACAGGGAUGUGAUUGGCCCCGAAAAUGCUGCAGACUUGCUCGCCGCGUCCGACUACUUCAUGAUGCACGACCUCAAACAAGUUUGUGAGGCCGAGCUCAUCCGAUGUCUCGCCCCCGACAAUGUCCAGGUGCUCCAGCAGUAUGCCGAUGCCUACCGUGCGAUGCGCUUGCGCCACGAGUGCCGCAAGGUUGAGGUGUAG